AUGUCCACGGAGGAUCUUACGACGACCGAGCUUGCUCGCCGCAUCAGAGAGCUGUUCGAGGAUGCUCCCGACGCGCAGACAUUGCCCGAAAUCCUUAAGGAAGUGGACACCUUUGUCCUCAGCGCGUCCACUGAAGAGGAUUCGGAAGGCGAUAUCACGGACUUGCAGGAGCAGCUGCAAAUCAUACACAAGGAUGCGGUCGAUGGUCCUCAGCAGACUGAGAUGUUCCUGACUGUAUUGCAGCAUCUUCGACCGAUUCUCACUCCAUCCUCGGUCGUUACGAAUUGGUGGGACCUGGUGCUUCGUCCAGCCCUGAGGAACCCCCAACUCCCUGGAUCAGCGGCUGAAUACGCAAAGGAUCUCGUUAUCUCAGCUUUCGAGGAUGUUUCUGGAGGAUAUAUCGAAGAGGUGGAUAAGUUCCGAAGGCAGUUGAUGGAGCUGUAUCUGCUCGAUGCCUUGAACGAAGGAUCCGGGGAAGAGGUCUUUGAGUUUUCCGCCAUGGACGAGGAGGGGAGGGAGAGGAGCGCGCGUUGGAAGGCUAAUCUGGAGGAUAUUCUGGUUCGUUAUGCCAUCUCGAAACCGGAGGAUCUCCUUUUGGAGGUUAAUCACCAGUAUGCCGACCCGUCCACGCGAUUACAGAUGCUUUCUCUGCUCGAUGUUUAUACGUCGCGUGCAUCUUUGUCUUGUGCACGUAUACUGGCGGCACAUCCACUGAUGUCCAGCCUCUUACACACUCUCCUGCUUGACAACUCCUCCACUGUUUGUACGAUGGGUCUAACCCUCAUGACGAAACUGCUUCCUAUGUUUGCCAAAGAAGCCUCAGACUCGCUCAAAGGCAUGCUCCCCGAUCUUCUGUCAAUUCUUGCAAGGAUGCUCUGCUGGAAACAUCGGCAAGUGGGCACUCCUCCGUCACCUGAAAGCGAGGGCGCAGAACCCUCGGACGAAGAUGACGACCCGCCAGCCAGCCAGGAGGAAAAGCGCGAGCUUUUCAUUCGGGAUGACAUACCAUGGAAAUGCCUCCAAGCAACCAUCAACACAACACCUCCUUCGCCUCAUCAGUUUCUUACCAUUCUUUAUUAUCUAUUCCCUUGCAAUGUCAUACGCUUUCUCCGCGACCCGCUUCCGUACUUGGAACAAUAUAACAUCAAGAGUCCUUAUACGAUAAGCUGGGAAGAAGUCCUCGAUGAAGUUCAGCUGAAGACACGAGUGGAGCCGCUCCUACGUGGCCAUGUCAUGCAUCCUUCGUUGAUAUGGAGAGACGCUGCGACCGAACUAUCCGAGGACUGGGAUUGGUCCAACAACGACCUUGCCGAGAUAGUGACCGAGAGCUUCAUGCUAGACGUGCGCAACGCCGGAUUGGCUGUACGGCAAUCACCGCAGAACAAACGUCGAGGAACCCAAGCGGUGGACGCGACGACAUUCGAGGCAGAAGAUUCGAACACGCCGCGAGUGCACAGUCUGAACAUUCAGGAGGAUACGAGGCCACAUGUCUCCUUGAGGACUAUGAUCGACACAGCCUUGAUGCUCAAGUCAGGAGAGGAGGUCGAAGUGGUUGAUCCCGUUCCGGGCUGGCCAUCAACGACAAUUUUGUCCUCGCACGCGACGAGAGCAAGGCGCAACGAUCAAUAUGCCAACGCCGUCCAUGAGGAGGAUUACGAGGGCGAGGAGCUCUCAUCACGAGCUCUUCAGACCGUAUCCAACCUGCAGCGCGAAAUUCUCCUACUGCGUAACGAGCUGAAUUUCGAAGUCUGGCUGAGCCGAGAAAACGUCAAGCACAUCGGUCGGCUGUACAAGAACCAUAUAUUGACAAAGGAUGCAGAGGUAGAACAACAGGGUUUGAGGAACAAACUUCGCGAUCUGCGAGCGCAGGUCGUAAGGCUACAGAAAGAACUGAAGGAACAGAAAGAGCUGGCGGCUCGCACUAAGCAACAAAACAAGGAGUGGAACGAGAACCUCCAAAAGCGCCUGGAUACUUUCCGAGAAAAGAACCGGAAAUGGGAGGCCGACACCGCCAACCUACGCUCUGAUAACGCCAAACUCGAGGCGCAAGGGAAGUUGCUUGCUGACGCCGUAAACCGCGUGUUUACUCUCGAGACCAAGAUCAAGGAGACUGCACCGCAGGUGGAAAGGCUCAAAGAUUACGAGCGGCGAAUUGAACAGCACACGACGAUGCAAAUGUUAUGGGACGAGGAUGUGCAGAAAUUGAACGAUCAAGAGGAGGAGAUGAAGGCAAUGAUGAGCCGCUACAAGAAAAUGGAGAUGCGCGUUGAGGCGUUUGAGCAACAGCAGUCCAAAAUGGAAUCAGAUGCUCGGGCCGCACGCCUGCGUAUACAGGAACUAGAGGCGCAGGUGGGGCAAUCAAGGCCUGUCGGCGAGCCUACACAGCAAUCAUUUCUGGUUGCCAGUAUUGAGGCCGCUGCGAAGGAGAAGGACGCGCUACGGAAAUCAAACGAACAACUGAGAAAGACGAGCACCAGCCUGCGGGAGGAGAACGAGGCGCUGAAAGCGCGACUUGAACAGGUUGGAAUAGCAUGACGCGAUUAACUUGUCGUUUCCUCUAUCGUUUGG